UAUUGAACCUCCUUAUUUACACACUCACAAACCUAAUCAGCCACAAAAACAAAAAGAGAAGACUAUGGAGAUUCCGCCGUCACAAUCUCCGGCGACGCCACUCCGUCGUACAAAAUCCAUAUCCACCAUGACGACUUUGACUCCUCCCGAAAUCCCUUUCGACAUGGCUUCAACGCCGCCGUCUUCGUUCGAUUAUGAGCUCAUCUCCAUAAAACCAUCCUCUUUCGUAGCUUACACUUCUCUCAGAGAUAUCAUCUCUUCUCCGAGUAACUCUUCACUCAAUUUACCGACGAUCAACGGUAGCUUCUCUCCGGUUACAUCCACCGCCGGAGAUAUCUCGAUUCGUAACCGUCUCGUUAAGAAAGCUGCUUUGUCUUAUCUUCAACCAACGGUGCUUACUUCGUCGGAGGAUUCUGCUGGUUCUCAAUUCCUCCGCCGUGUAUGGAUUCAUUUAUCCGCCGGAAUUCGGUUCUUGAGACGUGUAUUUGAUUGGAUUUUUCAAUCGAUUCGUGUUCCUUUGAUUGUCAAAUAGUUCAUAUAAAUUUUGAUUUGGGGAUAAAAUUCUCGAAGAGAAAUUGGAUAAUAAUUGGAUUUCAUGAAUUGAACAAAAAUCUGUUUGUAUA